AUUAACUCUACCUACUAGCCACAAUUGUGAUUACGAUUAAUUUCACGCAACUCCAUAAACAGAGCUAGCUUUAUCAGAUUAUUGCUAAAAUAUCGAGAAACAGUGGCUAGUAGUUCUGCAACAACUCUUUUGGAACUUAUGGAACCUGAAAUGAAUCAUCAACAAGAAGUAUUAAGAAUUUUAACCAGUAUGAAUAAUGAAUUAGCUGCACUAAAUCGUAAUGUAGUGGGAAGUGAUGGUGCUGUAGGACGAAAUAGUUCUGUCAACAUUAGUAAUAACCAGAUACAGACAUUUAACUUUAACAGCACUGAUCAUGAAAUUGAAGGUCCAGCAGAUGAAGUUGGAAAUAACCCUGCAUCAGACUCGGAACAGCAAGGUAAUUCACUGCUAAGAUCUACUGUAAUGUUGCUUUUAUGAGUUAUUAAUGAUCUUUCAAAACAAACGUGGGUUAUUUUACUUGGCCUCAUUUCCUAGCAUUCUUUGUUGUGCCACUUUCCCUUCUAAGCUAGAUAGCUUUAACCAGAACUUUUUCCAAGUAUGUACGUAGUCAAUCAAUGGCAGUAUAACGAAAAUGGUAGGAUAUUACGAGGAAUCGGGGGUAUCAUUUUAAUUUUCUUUUGUUAUACUUAUAUUUUGGAUCCAUCUAAGGCGAAGGGAACCGUGGAAGACAUCACAUUAUUGAGGAACACAUACAACUACAUGAAGCAGCAAAACAUGGCGACUGGGCAUGGGCUGAACAAUUUUUCAACGAUCAUCCAGAGAUGAUGACAGUAGAGAUCACAAACGAAAAAGAAACAGCACUGCAUAUAGCUGCAGAUCAUACGAAGUGGGCGUUUGUGGAAAACCUUGUACAACACAUGCCAUCAGAAAAACUUGAACUACAGGAUAGUAAACAUGGAUUCACAGCACUUCACACUUCUGCCAUGGAAGGAAACACCAGAGUUGCUAAAUUGAUGGUGACAAGAAAUGGCACUUUGACGAAGAUACGUGAUAACUAUGGAAGAGUGCCACUACACACAGCUGCGAAGUAUGUUUCAGAUGGACAAACUGAGGCUUUGAAAUAUCUUUAUUUUGCCACUAACAAAGAUGUCUUCGCUGGUCCUCAUGGUGCUUCCUCCUGUGUGAUUUAAUUGAUUCUAAUUUCUAUGUCAUUUGCAUGUAGAGAUCGAAUUGUCUCUUCUGCAACGGUUCCCGAAGACGAAAGACUCUGGUGUGUGUGCAUUAGAAGUGCUUGUUCGGAGACCAUUUUCCUUUCGAAGUGGAAAUAAGACAACAUGGUGGCAGAACCGUAUCUACCCUUUUCUUCAAAUCGAUACAACGACCCGUAAUGAACAUGGCAGAAAUACAAAUUGUGAAAUGGACCCAACGACUCCUACAGACGUUCAUAGUAGUACAGUUUGUCAACCCGACACAGCGGCUCCCAGUCACCUUGGCAAUAGUACAGUUCAACUGGAUGAAAUGGCCUCAAAUGACAUUGUCAGAUGUACGAUUCUUCAACCUGGUUUGGCAUCUCCCAAUGAACUUGGCAGUAAUACAGCUCUUCAAGUGUGCAGAAUGGCAUCUAAUGGUGAUAGCAGCAGUACAGUUAUACAAGUGGAUACAACAACCCCAACUGACCUCGAUACAAUUCUUGCAAUGGAUACAGCGGCGCCUACUAACCUUGACAACAGUACAAUUUCUCAAGCGGGCUCAAUGGUUAGUAAUGAUAACCUUAGCAAUACACUUAUUCAAGUGGGUGAAACAUUUCCAAAUGACCUUGGUAGAAGUACUAGAGUUAUUGAACUUCGCACAAUCAAUUCCAAUAUCCUUGACAGCAGUACAGUUCCUGAAGUUGACCCAACAGCUCUCAGUGACCUUGAUAGAGCAGGCACGGAGAACCACCUUACGGAAAGUUCGAGAGAGUUCUCGACAAUGUGUCGAGGAAAUAUAAUGACUCUCUUCCUGGUCUACCUCAUCACCUACUUAACUCGAGUUCCUUCUAUUAAAAAUCUCUGCGAGCAGAAGUUUAUCAACGAACAAGCCUAUAAAUUGGUGUCUAUUAUGUUAGAACAACUAGAUUUGACGAUGAACAAGUCAGAUAUUAUAGAUUUUUUUAAGACAUCUAGCCUCAUGAAGACAGCUAUAACAUACGGAACAACUGAAGUUGUAAAACUGAGUCUCCAGAAGUUCCCUUACCUACUUUGGUCUAAAAUGGAGGGGCAAACAGUGGUGCAAACUGCUAUUGGAGAAAGAAACGAAAAAGUAUUUAAUUUCAUAUGCGUAAAGAUGGAAGAAGAUAUGGAUGAACUGAAUCUACACAUGAAUUUUUGUAAGAAAUUUAAAUGUUUAUCAUCAUCACCACCACCAAAUCCAACUAAACAUUUAGUUUCAGCCAUGAAACAUUUACUGAGAAGAAGUUUGGAUUCGCCUCCAAGAGUACUAGUUCGAUCGAGAUCGAGUCAUAGUAGCAGUAGUUGUUCUGAUCUAAUUAGAACUAAGAAGAAUUCUGAUCAUAAUGUUGUUCAUCUUACUCGAUCUGGUAGUUGUUUCUCUACCCUUGCUCGUUGAAUCCAAGAACAACCAGUUGGUCAAGCACUUGGUGGUUGUACCAAGAGGUAUGCAGUUGAAUUUCAUUUACAUCAUAGGUUAGGUCCAAGAAAUAAUUAUUACGGGUAUAAUAAGUUGUUGCAACCACCAGCGGCCGCCGCCGCCACCGCCACAACGUCCAAGGUUCAAAUCAUAGAAAAGACCAAUAAAAUAAAGUAUUUAAUUUCAUAUGCGUAAAGAUGGAAGAAGAUGUUGAUGAAAGAGGUGACUCUAUCUUACACUAUGCUGCUAAUAUAGCACCCUCUACCCAAUUAAACUUGGUCUCUGGGGCUGCUCUUCAGAUGCAAUCAGAAUUGCAGUGGUUCAAGGCGGUGGAAUUUAUUUUGCUUGAGAAAUACAGGCGAGUGAGAAACAAAGAUGGAUAUACUGCUCAACAAAUAUUUAUAGACAAACACAAAGGCUUAGUGAAAGAAGGAGAAAAGUGGAUGAGAUACGUCACAAUCAUGUAUGUUAGUAGCAACACUAAUCUCCACGGUAGUGUUCGCUGCCGCUUUUACUGUACCUGGCGGUAAUUACAAUGAUGCUAAUGGAAACAUCAAUGGCCUCCCAAUCCUUUUGAACAAGAAUUCUUUUAUUGUCUUUGCAGUAGCUGAUGCAUUAGCUCUAUUCUCUUCAAUUACAUCUAUUCUUAUGUUCUUGGCCAUUCUAACAUCACGAUAUUCAGAAGAAGAUUUUCUUAAAGCACUACCACAAAAGUUUAUACUAGGUCUCGCGACUCUCUUCUUUUCAAUAGCCACCAUGAUGAUAUCCUUUGGUACGGCGGUGGAUAUUAUGCUUUCCCAGAGAUUGGCGUGGAUUAUAGUUCCUAUAGUAUUGCUUGGUUGCAUGUCAGUGAAGCUGUUUCUGUGGAUGUUAUUUCCACUAUUUGUUGAAAUGAUUCAUCGCACAUAUUGUCCUACCAAAUUUCAUCAAAGAACUACCAAACGUAAGGCUAAGCGGAUUAAUUAGUAUAAAAUGCAAUCACUUACAAGAAUGUAGUUUUUUUUUGUUGGAAUAUUGUAUUUUGUAAUUGUGCCGAGUAGAAAAAUCUAGAGUAACCAACAUGUGUCUAAUGUCCUAAUGCAUACUUGCAAGUCAAGUAUACUUUUAGUAUACACAUGUAUUCUCGGAAGCCCAGUAGUAUACUAGCUUUGAGUCCAAGUUGUUCUAGCCUAUAUAAAGGCAGAUCAAUAUCAAUUGUAUGAGCAAGAAAUAAUAAUAACAAGAGUUUUACAGAAAACAAGCUUAC